ACUGCAGGAAUAAAUGAAAGGCGUAUUCACUUUUAGAAGAUGAGCUAUUAUGCCAGAGCAAGUCAGGAUGGAGAAUAAGAGGUGAUGUGCAGGACAAUGUAGUGAGAAGUAUAAUUAUAUAGAUCCAUGUGUCAAAGCCCUCCAACCAGCGGUAAUCUCAAACUCCCCCAAAUGAUUGCAGUAUAGGAACAAGAUGGAGAGACUAUAGAAAUGUUAUUCCAGUGCCAACAGCCCUUGGAUUUUAACAUGUAUGGUAGGAAAAGGCAUUUAUGCAGGAGUGUCAUUUCGUGUUUACAAGGGCCUGUCUAGCACUGUUUAUUGAUUUUACUGCAUUUCUUUCCCCAGGACCCUGAAGAUAGAUAAUUGCUAGAAAUGUCCAUCAUUAGCAGAGCAACGAGUGCAACCAUCACACUAGGAAAAAUAUACACACAGGACCCUGCAAGCAGGCACCAAAUGGGGGAAAGAGUCACACAAUAACACGUGCAGCUGUAACUCCAGGCAAACACACACACACAACACCCUGUGUAGCCAUUGCACUGAGAAAAUACACAGAGCCCCCUGUGCAGCCAUCACACAUCAGGAAAAUACACACAUGACACCCCUAUGCUACCAUCACACCAGGUAAAAGCACAGACAUAAAAUGCUAAGUCAAUGGGAAUGAACAGCUCAUAAAAGCCUACUGGAAUAGAUCACAUCACAGCCAGGUACAUCUGUUCUCAGCACUAACCAUUAUCGUUAGCUUAAAAUGCUUAAAAUCACUGCACAUCCUCAGGUCUUGGGACAGAUUAUUCCAAGUAGAUUCUGCUAAAUUGACUUGGCAAUGCAGUGAAGGGGACCUCUACUACAUUAAAGUGAUGCAUUUUGCAUCUCAAAGGCUGUCAACUGUAUUUAGGAGACUGUGUGAUUGAAGAACAAUACUCUAGGAUGGGAUAGCAAUUUUAGCAGCCCUUCUAACUCUGAGGGUGAUUUUUUACCCCAACAUGAUGAGUUAAGUGUACAAUUGAAGGGGCAGCUAUCAGAUAGGGAGGUGACUAAUAAAAGCAGAAUUGGAAUGAGCUUUCAUCUGUGCUGUUUUAAACUAGAACUCUCAGGGGAGAUGUCAUAUCUAGAGGUCUCAGUGAGGUCAGACUUCAAGCCAUCAGCUUGAGAUAAAUAAGUAGUAACUACAGUCCUUGCUUCAUAGGGUUGUCUGCCCAACUGGAGGGAACAAAGGAACCACCCACCUCUUCUUCUGCCAGUGCCUUCUCUUUAUCCUCCUGCUGUGGUCUGUGAUGUGAUCCUAGCUGUGUGACACAGGGGUUAGUUACAGCACUGCCAGGGAAACACCGCGGGCCAUUCUGAAGAGUGGCCCAAAAAAAUAGAAAGAGGUUCAGGCUUCCCGUCCUGCGUUUCCAUUACAGGGGCCGUUAUGCAUUUCUACUGAGCAAGACAAGUUUCAAGCGAGCUUGUUAAGAAUGAUUUACACCAUAAUUCUAGGAAAAAACAAAUGUGACUGAGAUUUGAAAGGGAAGAGUGGGGGGAGGAAGUGCUAGACAAAACGAAUCUUAAGUAAAUAGGGUGGAGUUGGAUUGGUUGGUUUGUUUUCUCUUUGGUGUUUUUUGUUUGUUUGUUUCUUUGCUUUUUUAAACAACAAAAGAGAAGAUGUAUGUAUUGUUGGUAAUUACUUCACUCACCUGGGUGGAAUGAAGUGAAAGAAAGCAGAGUUGCUCCGUGUAAAAGCGCAUUUUCAGGAGAGGACAGGUGUUCCUCUUAAAUUCACAUGACAACAUCUUACUGGGAAUGAGCAGGACUGGAAAUGAAAACUAAGACUUCCACUUCCAUUUUUCCCCCCAAAUAUGGCGGGAAAUGUUUUGUUAGGGUGAGAUGAGCAUUUCCCAUAAAAUAGUGCAGCAGUGACAUGAAGUAAUUACAUGGUGACUGGGAUACACCGCAUGGCAUGCAGGAGAAACUGCAUGAUACCUAUGUGAUAACUACAGUAACUAGUUAUCACUACCGUAUCAUCUCCUGGUAACUAUAUAAUUAGUUUGUGUCACCAAAGCACCCUAAAUAUAUGUCUAUUCCAGCUACUCUGGUAGGAAAAAAAAAAAGAGUAAACUUCUUUGCAAGGGGGUUGGGGGAGAAAAAGCUAAUGAAGAAAGUUGCCAAGAACAGAUAUUUUGUAAUCUGUGCUAAAUCUCUGCUGGAAAACAUGAACAGUAACGAAGCUGAGAAGACAGUAAAAGAAAAUCGGGGCAAGGUGCCAGACGCCCAGACGGAAGGAGAAUGUGGACCAAAAGAUUGCGACAAUCGGUUCCUUGACCAUCAGUCUGCAGCCUGCCCCUUCUCUGUAUAUGCAGCCGCGCUCUGCCCCCUGCCCCAAUGAACAUCUGCACUAGGCCCAAGCCUUGGAGUGAUUUACCUGAAGAGUGACACCAUUUAUUUGGAAACUACUAUGAGGAAACUGAAGCCCAGAGAGGUGAAGUGAGGUGCCCAAGGCCACACAGCAAGUUAGAGGCACAGCUAGUACGAUAGCUCAAGUCUCCUGACUCCCAGUCCAGUGCUCCUCCCAUUACUCCACGAGUCCUGUCUCUAAGCUUCCUGACAAAUGCUAGAACGGAAGAAACCCAAGACAGCUGAAAACCAGAAGGCAUCUGAGGAGAAUGAGAUUACUCAGCCGGGUGGAUCCAGCGCCAAGCCGGGCCUUCCCUGCCUGAACUUUGAAGCUGUUUUGUCUCCAGACCCAGCCCUCAUCCACUCAACACGUUCACUGACAAACUCUCACGCUCACACCGGGUCAUCUGAUUGUGACAUCAGUUGCAAGGGGAUGACCGAGCGCAUUCACAGCAUCAACCUUCACAACUUCAGCAAUUCCGUGCUCGAGACCCUCAACGAGCAGCGCAACCGUGGCCACUUCUGUGACGUGACGGUGCGCAUCCACGGGAGCAUGCUGCGCGCACACCGCUGCGUGCUGGCCGCCGGCAGCCCCUUCUUCCAGGACAAGCUGCUGCUGGGCUACAGCGACAUCGAGAUCCCGUCGGUGGUGUCGGUGCAGUCGGUGCAAAAGCUCAUUGACUUCAUGUACAGCGGUGUGCUGCGCGUCUCGCAGUCAGAAGCCCUGCAGAUCCUGACGGCUGCCAGCAUCCUGCAGAUCAAAACAGUCAUCGAUGAGUGCACGCGCAUCGUGUCCCAGAAUGUGGGCGAUGUGUUCCCGGGGAUCCAGGACUCAGGCCAGGACACCCCGCGGGGCACGCCUGAGUCAGGCACAUCGGGUCAGAGCAGCGACACGGAGUCUGGCUACCUGCAGAGCCAUUCCCAGCACAGCGUGGACAGGAUCUACUCCGCGCUCUACGCGUGCUCCAUGCAGAACGGCAGCGGCGAGCGCUCCUUCUACAGCGGCGCGGUGGUCAGCCACCACGAGACCGCGCUCGGCCUGCCCCGCGACCACCACAUGGAAGACCCCAGCUGGAUCACGCGCAUCCAUGAGCGCUCGCAGCAGAUGGAGCGCUACCUGUCCACCACCCCCGAGACCACGCACUGCCGCAAGCAGCCCCGGCCCGUGCGCAUCCAGACCCUGGUCGGCAAUAUCCACAUCAAGCAGGAGAUGGAGGACGAUUACGACUACUACGGGCAGCAAAGGGUGCAGAUCCUGGAGCGCAAUGAGUCCGAGGAGUGCACGGAAGACACCGACCAGGCCGAGGGCACAGAGAGUGAGCCCAAGGGUGAAAGCUUCGACUCGGGCGUCAGCUCCUCCAUAGGCACCGAGCCCGACUCCGUGGAGCAGCAGUUCGGGCCUGGGGUGGCGCGGGAUGGCCAGGCUGAGCCCGCCCAACCGGAGCAGGCUUCGGAAGCCGCUGCAGAGGGCAGUGCGCAGCCACACCAGCUAGAGACAGGCGCCUCCUCUCCAGAAAGAAGCAAUGAGGCAGAGAUGGACAACACGGUCAUCACUGUCAGCAACAGCUCUGACAAGAGCGUCCUGCAGCAGCCUUCGGUCAACACGUCCAUCGGGCAGCCAUUGCCAGGCACCCAGCUCUACUUACGCCAGACAGAAACCCUCACCAGCAACUUGAGGAUGCCUCUGACCUUGACCAGCAACACACAGGUCAUUGGCACAGCCGGCAACACCUACCUGCCGGCCCUCUUCACUACCCAGCCCGCAGGCAGCGGCCCCAAGCCUUUCCUCUUCAGCCUGCCACAACCCUUGACAGGUCAGCAGACCCAGUUUGUGACAGUGUCCCAGCCCGGCCUGUCCACCUUUACUGCACAGCUGCCAGCGCCACAGCCCCUGGCCCCAUCUGCAGGCCACAGCACAGCCAGUGGGCAGGGCGAAAAAAAGCCUUACGAGUGCACUCUCUGCAACAAGACUUUCACCGCCAAACAGAACUACGUCAAGCACAUGUUUGUCCACACAGGUGAGAAGCCCCACCAAUGCAGCAUCUGUUGGCGCUCCUUCUCCUUAAAGGAUUACCUUAUCAAGCACAUGGUGACACACACAGGAGUGAGGGCAUACCAGUGCAGCAUCUGCAACAAGCGCUUCACCCAGAAGAGCUCGCUCAAUGUGCACAUGCGCCUCCACCGGGGGGAGAAGUCCUAUGAGUGCUACAUCUGCAAAAAGAAGUUCUCCCACAAGACCCUCCUGGAGCGACACGUGGCCCUGCACAGUGCCAGUAACGGGACCCCUCCCACAGGCACAGCCCCGGGAGCCCGUGCUGGCCCCCCAGGUGUGGUGGCCUGCACGGAGGGGACCACCUACGUCUGCUCCGUCUGUCCAGCAAAGUUUGACCAAAUCGAGCAGUUCAACGACCACAUGAGGAUGCAUGUGUCUGACGGAUAAGUAAUAUCUUUCUCUCUUUCUUAUGAACAAAACAACAAAAAACAAACAACAAAAAAAAGCUAUGGCACUAGAAUUUAAGAAAUGUUUUGGUUUCAUUUUUACUUUCUUGUUUUUGUUUUUGUUUCGUUUCGUUUUGUACUACAUGAAGAACUGUUUUUUGCCUGCUGGUACAUUACAUUUCCGGAGGCUCGGGUGAAUAAUAGUUUUCCCGGCCUCCCUCGGAUGGUGGCCUUAAGGCCUGGUAGUGCUUCAAGGGGUCCACUGGUUGGAUCUCUAGCUACUGGCCUCUAAAUACAACCCUUCUUUACAAAAAAAAUCUUUUUUAAAAAAUUUAAAAAAAUUUUUUUUUUCACUUGUGAAGAGCACUACAAAAUAUAUACCGAAAUCUAAAAGGCCGACUGUCUUUAAGUACACCGCUUGCAGUGUUUCAGUGGACAUUUUCACAAUUCUGGCCACUUGGACUUCACAGUAACCAGUUAAAACUGUGGAAUAUCACUUCUGGUUGAAAACCCAGAGGAAAGGCCCUGCUGUUUUCCACCUACCAUGUUGUCUGAUUUCAUAAAAGGGCUGUGGAGGUGGGAAGGGGCAGUGGGUUUGGUGAUGUGGGAAUGGGGAAUGGCAGGCUUCUCCCCCAGAUUCCGCUUGGGCCCACACACCCCAGCCCACCUCCUCCAUGCCCCCCGCUUUCAGCAGAAGCCAGGAAGACUUGGACAAGCAUCAAGCAACAGUGGCUAUCGUAUUUAUUCAGUGUCUUUGCUGAGCCACAGCCUCAGCACAAUCAAGAGGGACUUUCAUGAAAGGCAGGAAUGCAGAUAAAACAAAGAUAUCAGAGGUUUGCACCUAUGUUUCUAGGUACAAGAGAAGGAUUAUUUCCAACAAUCUUUGCAAAAAAAAAACAAAAAAAAAGUGUCAGGAUAUAUUCUUGUGGAAGAGAAAGAGAAAUGGAGGGUGGGGGGAAUAAUAAAAAGUUCUUGAGGCUUUUUUAAUUCAAAAUUUUAUAGAGGGGCAAAAGUGACGUUUACCAGAUAGAAUGCUGAUUUUUUUAAUAUAUUUACAACAGUAUUUGUGUAAAAAAAAAACAAAAAAAAAGUGAGAUUGUUAAAAGUAAUUUUUUUUCCAUUUUGGUUUUGCAUACACUGCCACCAAUCCCUUCUCUUUUAUUUUAUUUCACACACAUAUAUAUAUUUUUUGGUAAGUCAAGACUGUUAAGGUUAGCGAUACUGCUUCCAGAUAGAAAGAAUAAAAGGCAAUUAAAGUUAUAUUUGAAAGAGAGGAAGGAUAUUUUCUUCAUAUUUUUUUUAAUUUUUCUUAAUUUUUAUUAUUGUAAGUGUUGCCUGGGUUGAUGAGGGCCUCUGUGGCCGCCCAUCCCUGCUGUAAUUUGAACUGCUGCUUUGUAUUUUGAUAUGUAGUUCUUUGACUUUUAGCAAGCUUAGGUUGCUCCACUGAUUUUUUUUCCAACUGAUCCAUUUAGAAUUCUGUUCUUUUUCAUGGGAGGGACUUUAACUUUCAGAAACAGAUUUCUUGGUUCUCUAAAAGUUUAUUGAGAUUGAAUGAUUCUAGAAUUUCCAUGGACUUUACUGUUUUCUUUGAUGAAACACUAGUAGAUUAGAGGUCUUGACAAAUGGCUUCUUUCCCUUUGUGGUCAGCCUGGGGGAGGAGCUUACAGAACUGCAGUAGCUCCUCACCCUUCACAUCUACAGAGAGCAGUGAUAGCAGAGCCUGUGACAGAGCAGGAAGCCUUGAUGCCAAAAUUACUUUCUUCUUUUCAGAUGUUACCUUCCGACUAUUUCCACUGUGGUUGAGAGGGCAAAGUAAAAUGAUCGUUCUCUAUCUGAUUUAUUACCUCUUGCUUUUUGGAAAGGUUUUCAAGAAAGUAACACACUUUCCAGAUGCCAAUAUCCAUCAUUCAAAGGCCACCAAUCCAUUGCAUCAUCCUAGGUGCCACUCUCUCUUCCUAAUUGGGAUUUCUCUCUUCGGUCCUGAUCAAGGUAUUAUAAUAGGGAUUUUUCUAUCUAUAGACAGUGUCCUGAGGGGAUUCCAACCCAACUGUAGGAAUUCUUAAACCUAACAAAAAUGCCAAAGGUGGUUGCAUUGCUGGGCAUAUUUUUAACACACUUAAGGGGGAAAAUUAAAACUUUAAACAAAGCAGAAACACCAAACUAGAAUUGUGAAAGAGAAAAAAAAUAGAUUAUUUUAGUUUCAAAAUUACUUUUCAUUUAACCGAUUUUUCUUUUAGCAACUUAUUUUCAAAAACUGUGCAGCAAAGGAGAAGUCUUCCAAGGGAAAUAGCUCUGUAAUGACUAAAUUGGUUUUACCCAUAUAUAUUUUAGACUUUUGGUUAAAUGAGAUCUUUUCCAUAAGUUCUUGGUGAUGUUUAGUAGGGUUAGUGCAGCUGGAGUAUAUGUGAGUGUGAUUUGUUCCUGUGUCCUUAAUUCAGUAAAUAUUUUGCUAGAAGUUUUAAUGUAGACUUGGAUGGUUAAUUGACUGUUGCAUAUCACCCAUCAUGAUUUCUAAGAGGAGUACUGCCAAGAACUGUGUGUCCAAAUUGACGUGUUUUAAAAGUUAGUAGAGAACAGAUUUUAACUAAGAAAAAGUCCAUUUUUCUCUUGAAAACUUGGCUUUUUAAAAUAGCAGUGUGUAAGAUUCUCAUAUUUCCACUUAAAACCAACAGGGGGAGCAUUAGUUAACUAACCCUGUCAUGAAAUUGUUUUGAUAUUUUGAAAACAAGUCAUUCAACCCACAAAAUAAGAAAGAAAAAAAUUGACAUUAAGAAAGAUUCUUUAAUCCAGAGGGAAAUUACAUAUUGCUUAGUAUACGUUAUAAAUAAAAGCCAAAAGUCCCAUUAAAAUGUUUUCAAUUAUUUGACAGUAGCUUUUAAAAUAGUGUCCUUAUUUAUUUAAACCUUAGCAAAGUAGACAGAAUUCAUAAUACCUCCAGAAAAGUUGAAUUUGGAUGCCAUUAUGGGCCACAGAUUUAGCUAUCUGCUUCUCAAAUUCAAAGGAGACCCAUUUGCCGUAAUGCUAAUUUGCCAUGUGAAAAGCUAAGCAAUUGGGUUAGAAUCUACCUUUAGUUAUAGAACAUGUAGGGGGGAAAUUCCAGUUGGGCUUGAAAACCUAAUAUUCAUUAGUUUCCUUCAAAGGAAGUAUGUCUUUUUUUAACAAUGCCAGAGGAUCCUUAAAGAUUUUUUGGUGAGGUGAUGUUAUCAUUAGGACAGCAGGGACCAUCCAGGUUUGCAUAGCAGUAGACUUUUUCUGCUUGUCAUCAUGUGUGUCUAUUCCUUUCAAACAUCUCACAGCCUAAAGUCAUUGGCAGACUGUUCUCUGGAGGGGACAAUCUAACCUGGAGGAGCAAUGAGCUUGCUGUGGGGCCAUUGCCGCGUGUUCUAGCCUCUGAAAGGGCUGCUUUCCAAACUGACCUGCAUUUUAGAAAGUAAGCGAGUCAUACCUCUUUCAAAAGGAUAGAGAUGCAUCCAGAUUAUCAAUCUUUACUUUUAAAUAUUCACAAACGUCUUAGGAAAUAGGGAAACAUAUUUUGCUUUGAGAAUAGAGGAUGAACAUGAAUCCUUUUAUUUUGUGACUUCAAAUCCAACAAUCUUCUUGCAUUUAGAACUUCAUGCUAGGAUGCUAUAAGUGCAAGGAAAAAUUUUUUCAGUAGCCAGGGGGUAAUAAAUAGAUAAAACAGAAGCAAAUGUUCCAGAUUUAACACCUCUUAGAAUAAGUAUGGGAUGAGUACAAGAACUGGUAUGGAAAAUAAUAUUUUUUAGCAAUUUAUGAUUUUAAAACUGGGUCAGCUGAACAAGGGUAAGAAAAAUGUCAAAAAUAAAUGUUUCCCAAAGCAUUUAGAUAAAGUUUAUGAAGAAUAAAAUUUCCAGGCACUAAAAACUUGGUAGCAUCUCAGCAUAGUGAACAAUUUCCCCCUAUUAAAUGCUGAUAUUUUUAUCCCCAAGACCCCAAAUGUGUAGAAUACAGCCCUAAAAAGGAAGGAAUUGGAACACCUGGAUCUGAUUGAGAAAUAAGCCAGGUCAAAAAAAAAAAACACCCAAAAAAACAAAAAACCUUAAAUAAAACUAUAUCAAAAUGUUUUUUACUAUAUAUUUUAAUUGAGUUAUAAACUUUAGCUCUUAAUAAGACUUUCUCUCCCCCAAAUUUCCAAUGCUCUGAAUCUGUUUGUGCCAUGAGAAACUGGUGGAUAGUUUCCUGUUUAUGUUCUAGCUGCAGGCCAUCCCUUCUUCCUGGGCAUCUUGGAGGUCAUGAUAGCUCCUGAAAUUAGAAAGAAUGACUGUAUUUGCUUUGUUUAGGACUCAUAGAGGUUUUAUUUCAUAUCGCCCCAAUAUUCUAUAAGGACCAAGAAAUCCCGUUCCCAGCCUGUGAGCAGUUAGAGUUUGGGCAUUCUGAUGUGAACGGAGAAAAGGUUUCCUCUGGGUGGGUUUGUUUCACGUAGUCCUAAUGACUUGAGCUACAUGUACUAGUACUUUCACCCUACAAGCACACCAGCAGCAUGUGUCCAGUCUAUGCCCCAAAACAGUGUUUUUCCUCAGCACAGAAGUUCAGAAUGAGGUGUGCUCCUUAUAAAUCCCUCAGAUCCCCAAGAGAACAUAAUAAAGGUUCAAGUUGCUACCUAGUGUGGCUCCCAUAAUGCUCCUAACACCUGUUGCCCUUAGAAAAGGGGGCAAUGAAAUAGAUCUGGCCAAGCUUCACACUAGACGUGCCCAUUCUGGAGCCUUCCUCUGUUGUAGAUGUUAUUCAAUGAGCUGGGCCUGGGAGCAAAGGAUAUGUGAGUCUACAGCAAAGGUAUUAGAUAAACCAUCUGCCUCUGCUACAGCCAGUGUACUGCUGCAGCAAAAAGAAACACAACGAAGGUGCAACGUAAGAGCAGACACAACCGAGAUGCCCUCGGGAUUGAGAAGAAUGGGAGAGUGCCCUUUCUGUUGUGACAUGACUCUUAAAAGAAAUCUCCUGAAAGAAUUCUUUAAUUUAGGAAUGAGUUGAAGUCCUGAGUAAUGGAAGCCCUAGGGAAGAGAACAAAAGGAUUUCAAAGUGUAUUCAGCACCCAAUAAUGCAAAACCAAAAAACAUCCAAUCACAACACAAGGAAGUUUGGCAAGAGGUAUUUAGAGAAAUCUCUGGGCCUUUCCAUGGGUAGGGUCAAAGACUUUCUUUUGAGUGAUUUCUGUCUCCAAGAUCCCUCUUUAUUCACUAGAAAAGAACUUUAUUUAAAUGGCUAAUUUUGUCCCCCAGAAAAAGAAAUUUAAAAAAAGAAAAAUAGGACACUGAAGACAGAACCAUGUGACUUGGUGACAAACAAAAGGAAGGGCGCACUAGCUUUUCAAUAGACUCCCUACUCCAUAGAAAAAGCAAAGCAGCCCAGUGCCUCCAGUCUGCAGUGCCUGAGGAGGGUGCUUGAGCCGACCAGGCCACCGGGCGGGCUUCUGGGGCUACACACAACUUCCCAGCUGGGAUGGCGACAACUCUUUCUCUCUCUGUUUUCACGAAGAAAAGGGCUGUUCUCUUAGGUGCCCAGGAAAUACAAUGACAUGGAAUAAACUUUCAAAGCAAUCUCUAUCCUGGUGCUCAGGCUUCAUAUGAAGGCAGAAAAGGGACACAGAUGCGCCCUUGCUUUAGAGAAAGAAUAUCUUCCUAUUCCCAAGGGCUCUCUGUGUAGAGCUGCCAUUUCUGAACCAGCUUAAGUCUCCCCAGGAGGAGAAGCUGUGGUGACCCGCAAACAUAGACUGUGGAAAUUACUGACCAAAGCAUCAUUUCUAGCACUAGGAAUUAAGAUGAUUAGCCUGACCAAAAUACUCCAAAGAUUUCUCUAAGCCUCUGAAUACUUUUUCUCCUUGGACAUUGAAUCCAUAGUGGCCAGUGGUGUACAUUAACAGAUCCCAGAAAAUGGCACAGGUUCUUUUUCAGAACCGGGUUGAAACCAGAAACAUCAUCUUUUCACACCACUGACUGAAACACCUGGAUUCCAGGGUUUCUUCAGGUCCAGCCUGCUGUUCCAUAAACUGAAUACUUUCAGACUAAAACCUAAUCUAAAGUGACCUCGGCUAAGGUAUUUUCACAAGAAGCCACUUGUAGUAAAGAAUUAUUGCCUUAAAUCAGAAAGCCCAGGGGAGAGGACUGAAGAGAGAGAGAUUGGAAGGGUGCGGAGACAUGGACAGUUCUUGGUUUUUAAUAGUUGCAUUAUCACAAAAAUGUUUCUGACUGAAGACUAUGUUUGGGGGGAGGCAACAGACUUGUCCAGAACUGGCUACUCAGGAAGCAGCUGCUAUUUCCUAUCCUAUUUCUGUGACAUAGAUCUGGGCCAGGUGUGAAAUAGACAUCAUCUUAUCUAACUAGUGAAUUGCAUAAGACAGGAUCACAGGUGUCUGGGAUUCCAUUUUUAAUCAUUUUCUUAACGGAGAACAAUCUCAACAAAAUAUUUCCUCUUGUUUUUUUCUCAGUUUUAGUGAGCAUCUGGUUUAUCUGACGGUUCUUUGUUAAAUGCAAACUCACAACUUUCAAGUCUUCAAUGAAGGAGCCUAAUCUGAGAUCAUAGGGAAAAUCUAGCCACAAUCAUGGGAGUCCUAGUUUUGAGAUACCUAAUUAGGGUGCAAAAAGUCCCUACUAGUCCUCUUUCAAAUUCAGAGGUUUCCUUUGUUCAAAAUGCCUCAAUGAAAUCCUGAUACACCCAAGAUACAAAAAAAAAAAAUUUCUUUUACCUCAUAGUAGACAUCUGUUUCUACUACUGUUGCAACAGAAGUUUGUUACUGCCCAGAAAUAUCAGUGCAAUUUAUAUGUAGAUUCUAGUAAUGAAAGGGACUUAACCCAACCAGCAUGUCAGCUGCUAUCCAAAAUGUGCAAAUAAGUGUACAUUAUGCAUGUACACACCCAGCAUGGGAUGCUCUCAGCACAAAAGUGUUCCAAAUUCAUAUUCCCCGACGACAAGAUGGGUUCUGGAACUUCUAGUCAGUCAAAAGUCUCACAUGUCUGCUUCUGCUCAGCUGCCUUAGUCAGGUGUAUCAGUGCCGACCGCUGUCUGUGGUGGGGCUUUGGGUCAUGUCAUUCUGCAGGAGCCCUGCCCAUCAGUCAUUUCUAGGACCCCUUCCCUGAAAACUUGAAGGUACUUGUGUGGAGCAGGAGAGUGCACUUAACCACCUCUGCACUUCUGUGGGAUUUACUGAUGUGUGUGUGAGCGUGUGUGUUUGUGUGUAUACUUGUAGUCUGGGAGAGUGUAUGUGUCUCCCACCGAGCACACACAGCAGUAGGUCCUGUGCAUAGAUUCAAUUGCUUCUCCUCACUGUUGCGCUCCAGACUUGUGGCUCCCUUCCCAGGAAGCAGUCACCUGCCCACUCUGUUGCUUUUUGUAGCGUUUCAGAGUUGGUAGAAACAAGGCAGCUUGUUGGAUCCACAGCAAACCCACAGUGACAGGCUGUUUUUCUCCAGAAGAAGGUAGAACAGAAGUACUCAACUGGUGAGGAGACGAGAGGGAGCAGCCGUCUGGGGCACCUGCCGAGGCCUGGGAGGAAGGAGCACAGAGGCCAUGCAGGCAAGGCCCAUACAAGCUUGGCCUAAGCCAUUCCAGGUUUUUCCUCUGCAACCCAGUGUGUGCCCACAAACACCCAGCCACUUGUAAGUUUUACUCCCAAACUAAAGCUUCCUAAUCCUGUCUGCAGCUGCAGGACACCAUCAACUGUGUCUCCUGACACCAGUGUGGCCUUUGCCGAAGUCUUUCCAGGAGUGGCUUGUUUACCAUGCCUAGCAAACCAAUGGACUCUCGGGGGAAAUAAUUUUUGGUAAGAAUUGAUGGCUCUUGCCUGUCUCAGACAUUCAAGUAGGAACUGUUCUGAGUAAAUGGGCCUGGCUCUCAGAGCUGACUUUGAAGGUGGCCUGGAAACAGAUUCAAUUUCCUUACUCCCAUGUCUUUCUUUUAUAGGUAGUUUAUUAUUUUUUAUGACAUGUAGAUUAUUUCUGCUAAUUUACAGAAUUCAGAGGACAUUUUCUUUCCUCUUCUAUUUUGGUGACUUUCCCCUCCCCCAUUAAGUAAGGCUACUACUUAUGGUUGCGAUCUUUUCCUUGUUACUAUUUUUUAAAUGUAUAUUGUCUUUCUUUAUCCAAAAUAAGUCUGUGACUGUAACCAUAGUUAUUUCUUUUUACUGGAAAAAAAGGUGUGUUUUUUUUUAAUUAACAGUACUAGUGACUUUGUGGAAGAAUAUGAGUUACUAUUAAAGUAUGCUUACUUAAGUACAGUACACUACAUUGCAGUAUUUCUGAAAGCUAGAACAUGCACAUUAUAUAUAACAGCUCUAUAUUGAAGUAUAUGUUACAUUAUACUCACUUUAACUUUUUAAUCUGCCUGUGAUCAUGAGUUGAUUGCAAUAUUAUUUCUUUGCAUUUGUCACCCAUCACCAACCUGCCGCAGUUAAUCUGGUGCAUUUCAUAAUAAUCAUUACUGCUCUAGUUUGCCUUUUAUAUUAUCAGCUUCAGUAUUGUCUUUACAGGUUUUUAGAAUUUUUUUUAAGCUCAGACUUAGCAAAUGUAGGAAAGUGAAAACUUUUCGUAAAAAAAAAAAAAUGUUUGGUGUGGCUGAUACAAAGAGGUUCAUAGUAUAAGUGAUCUUGUUUCGCUGACUCUCUCAAUAUCUAAAGAACAAAAGAAAGUGCAUAUGAAUGUAUCUGUGAUUUUCCCCUCUAGGACUGUCACUGCCUGUAUUUGCUUUUAAAAAUAUGACCAAGCACCUGCUUACCCUCCGUGUGACCUGACCAACAAUUACAGGCUGUGUUUCAAAGGGCUGCUCAUCUGAAAAGCAUCAGGCAGUAAAAUGCCUAGUUUUCCUGGCUCUGUUUUCAAACAUUGAUUUUUAAGAUUGGUUCUGUACUGACAGCUUCCUGUUUUCAGUAUGCUUGCAGUUCUAACUAGUCUUUAAUGCUUCCCUGAAGGCAGCUUGGCAGUAGAAUAUUCAUUUCCCUAGGAGCUUUUUAAAAAAAUAAAACCUGAAUUUGAAGAACUUUUCAUGACAGAGGCUAAUAGAAGUAGAACUCAGAAAGUUUUAUGUAAUUUUUUUAGUCUGAAGAAUCAAUAAAAUAAAUGGUGGCUCUUGGGUACCUGGCCCUCAGUAUCUCCAUUUGUCUGUUGAGAUGGGGACUUGGUUCCUUCUAAUUUAACCAGGCCAUCGUGGAAACUUCAGAAAUCAGGCAUCCAGUCUUCCUAGCAAGAAAUAUUGUCAAAUAUUAUUUUCAGAAAAAAGAGCUUCUUCAGCUUCCCACAGCUAUUUAAUCCAAUGCCUAGAAAACUCCACAGUUGGAUAAACUUUACAUCCAUCCUGGGUGCCUGAAACCAGCCUCACUCUCUCCAUUCUAUAUUCAGGACAAAAUAAAAACAGCUGUUCACAGUACUCAGUGUGAAAGCCCUUCCCACACUGGACCAAUAGUGAGGCUUUUUUUCAGUGUGAAUAACACCAAUUUCUUCCUUUCAUCUUCCCCGAUAUGUUUUUAUUUUCAAAUCCCACCCCGCUCUGCUGUGCCCCUCCAACAAGUUCGCCCCCACCCUUUUAUCCAGGCUCCCCUCCAUGCCCUCUGCUUCUGAAGCCUGGUAUCAUUAAGGAUCUACCUACUCUAACCACUUUGAAGGGCUAACAUUGAGUCUAAUAGCAAAAUUAUUCAUCUGCCUCUCCAAAUUUUUCAACUAAAUAUAUUUCUACUAGACAAACGUAAUUGUAAAUUAAGAGUUAGGGAAGCUGUUCCUUUUCCAACGAUCACAUAACACCCAAAUUAUAUCAACUUUAUUAUUUUCCUCACCCUUUCUCUUUAGUUCUUGGUUCUCCUUAAGACUCCUUUAAAUUACCUCUUCAUAUUAUUACCACCCCAGGAACUCUAAUAAUUAGGCCCCUGAGUGCCCAUUUCCCUUCCUUUUCCCAAACCCAUUGUGAAUGCCCUUCUUCAAGCUGUAGGUGUUUAAAGAGCAUUGACAUGAGCUCAUCCACUUGAGACUGGCAGGCAGAGUGAAGCAAGUGUACACUGCACCUUCUCAUUCUAAAAGUUAUCAAUAUUCUUUGGAGAGUGGGAGGACCUGACUCACAGUUUUAAAUGUCAUCUGCACUAGCUGAGGUCAUUAAUUCCUCUCACCUUCACAUUUGGCCAAUGAUAAAGAGAAAAAUAUUUUCUGGUGUGUUGUUUUUUUCUUUAAAUACCACAGUGUUCAAAUUCCUGAUAUGAGUAGACUAUAUCUCUGAGGGAGGGAAAAAAAUGUUAACUAUUUCAAUACCUGCCAAGUGACAUAUUACCAGAUACUAGAUUUACAGAAAUCAAGCAAAGGGGGUGACAUUUCAAAAUAAUUUUGGCAACUGUUCAAGCCUUAAAUGAGCUCUUCUAAAACCACUGCCAUUUAAACACAUUGUAGGAGACAAUCAGGAGGAAUUUUUGUCAUUUGUUAUCUUUUGGAGAAACAUAAUUAUUAAUUUAGAGUUUUAAGCAGUAAUUUACUAAGAAAUUAAAAGAUUCAAAAAGUUUCUAAAGUAUCUGUUUUUAAACAUAAACUUAAUAUAUGUUUAAAUAAAAUAAGGCUUACUAGAUACUUGAAGGACCAUGUAAUACACUCCCCAGUUCCUAAACAUUCACCAUAUAAUUUGGUCAUCGUACUAGAUCUCAUUUCAGUGAGUUACAGUUGCCUGGUCGCUGGAGCAUUGCCCAAAGGACUGAUGCUGUUCUGGAUCUGCCCCUGUACAGGAUGUUUAGAAUGCGAUCUUAGCAGCUCCAACACAGUGCUUCCUGACUCCCAGUCCAACACUCUUCCCAUGAUGCUACGUUGCCUCUCCGCUCUUAUGAAGACAAAUUCUGAAGCAUUUAAAGUGUUACCUGGUUUUUAGUGCACAGGGGUGUGCAUUCAUUCCUUGUUUUACCCAUUGACAAACAGAAUCAACAUUUAAUAUCAGAAAUGGAGUCUUAAUUGGACUUGAGGGUUAACUCAGCAUUUUUCCUAAUCAAACCAGUGUGUAACAUCAGAUCACACCACAGAGAGCAAUGCAAUAAUGAGAAGGUUCAGAAGCUUUCCCAAGUCGCAAAUCCAGUAGGAAACCAACCUUUCCUAAAGCCAGAAUGUAUGGAGCUGAGGACCAUGAUCUUCACUCGGCAUGUUCUCCCAACAGGUCCUCUCUUCUUCUCUUCUUUUGUCCAUUCUGACCCCUGCAUCUUUUUUUAAAGUACUCUGCAUCUAAAGUGCUCAUCUCCCCAAGCACUGGCUUCUAGCAUCCUAAAUACUAUCAUUUAAAGUAUAAUGUAGAGUAGGAGGGGAUCUGGUUCUGAUAGGUUCCAGGUGGUCCAGGUAAUAAAAAAGGUUUCUCCAGGAGGCCUUCUUGGCAUUGUUCCCUCUAGUCCCCCAAGAAGAGUUCCAACCCUGACACCGGGGUUUCUCGCCACAAUCUGCAUUAGUCUCUAGAGUAGAGUAAUGGCUAAAUUCUGUUUCAUAUUCUAGAGACUCCAGGGUGUGGAUCUCUUACUGCUUACAAGCCUCCUGCUUUUCUAAGCUGACCCCUGCCAGGAGCACCAAUAGCCCUCACAGUGUCUAAUGCAGCAAAAUCAUGGUCAGAAACAUUAUGAAAUGUAUUUGGGAGGACAGGAAGGGAUUUCUUUCUGCCUUCCCCCACUAACAGCUUGCUUCCUUCCCCAAAUCCCACCACAGUGCGUUUCAGAAAGUCUGCAUCUCAUUUUACAGAUCUGUAGUUUUAGUAUUUACCAGUAUAGCUUAGGAAAUGUUCUGAGAUUGAGGCUGGUAGCAAACCAGUUUGUUUUCUGCACUGGACUUUAGGGCACGUGUGACAGAUGCAAUUCCUUCAAAGAAAGUGAAACUAACAUAGUCAAGCCAAGGGAUGAUACUUGUACACAUUAAAACAGUUGUCUGCUAUCUAUAAACCUUGAUUGAAGCAUAAUUAUUAUUUCUUUAGAAACCUGAAACUGGAGGGAUGUGUAUUUCCAUAAAGCUUGUUUGUUAAUUUAUUUGUUUCCCUUUAUCUCUUUCUUCUCAAGAUAGUAAAAGAUUUUGAUUCUUCAACCUGAUGGCAUAGGCAGCAGUCAGAUACCUGCAGGCCCUGCCGCCUCCUUUCCCUCUGAGAAUGAAAAGCCUCCCUUCUGGAGUCUUUGUCCACGAAAACCUUCUCUUUCUUUUCUAGCAGCACUUGAGAGCCUUGUGAGAGAAGUUGUCUCUGCACCUUGAGGAGAGAAUAGUUGCAACUAUUCCCUGAGAAAGAAGCCCCAUUUAACCUAAACUGAUAGGUCUUGGGCCAAAGAAUAGGAGUUGAUUGCAGGUGAAAGCCAUGUAUUUUAUACUGUAAAUCCUUAUUGUCCCCUCAUAUUUUAGAAAUGCAGCUGGGAAUAAGUUAUUUUAAUGAAAAUUCUCUUUGGGUAUUUCUUACCGCUAUCUAGUGAUGAAUACCCAGAAAAGGAAAAGAAACAGGAAGGACGCUAUUGAAAAGCUAAAAUCCAUUGAUCUAUCGAUUUCUAAAAUUGUUUAGAUUUCUUUUCUGUUCAUUUCAAACCUAUAUGUGCUCCCGAGGUCUUCAAUGGAGAAACAUCCACUUCUCCACUGUUUCUCAUCUCCUCACCCAGUGCUGGGGGUGGUGGUCACAGGGAGAUGGGCUGCAGGGCCCAUACCUCACCACCCAGACCCACCGCCACACGAGAAGGAGAAGCCAAACUAGAAACUUUUUUUUAAAAGGAAAUUGUAGUGUUUCAUUUGAAAGCAUACUGCUUUCAACUCAAUCCAAUUUACAGAUAGCCUGACAGCCUUUUUAUGACCUGCCGUUUGUGCUAUAAUUUGCGCUCUUAGCUCACUCUUUAAAAUAAUCGCAAUUAAGUGAACAGAGGAAAAGCAAGAGGGAAACAGGACAAUUGAUGGGGCAAAUCUGAGACAGUUCUGGAUCCUAAAGCUGAUUCUCAGGGUUACCAGAAAGUCAGCACCACCCACCCUUUGCCACCCUUGCCCAUCUCUCACCAUUACAGUCCCAAGACUUGGUAAGAUAACCUCACUUCUUUGUCAUUUAAGUCUUAAUACUAUCAAACCCCUCUGGAGAUGUUGUAGACACCUGUGACUGCUCUGAGAUCUAACCUGCUUUCGAGGAGGCAUAUGCAGAGAGAUGACUGAAAAUAAAAUAAUAGUUCAAAUUUAGUUCCAGAUUUAGACAUAGUCUAAGGUGCUCUAUGGGUGUGCACUGCCAGGAGUUCAUAAGGCUGGUUACUCUUCUCCUGCUCCCCUUGGGACAAACUUUGAUUUGGAACCAUCUGUGUGUCACUUGGUAGAAGAAAAUGGUCUCUAGACCCUAGACCCUAGGGCAUUGUCAGCACGGACACUCCUUCCGUAGUCCCACUGAUUUGAACCUCAGCUUUGCUGAGGGGCCUAUUAAGAUAUGAAUAAAGGCUAACUUUUUUAUAUCUUAAUAUUAACUGAUUUUUGCACUCUUCUUGAAAGAAUUGUGCUCUUCAGAGUCAAAGGCAAACGAAGGCAAAGAGUUGAUGGACUCGAGAAAAUCUAACUUUAUGUUUUAAAGUAAUUUGAGUGUAUCAAACCCACUAUGCCACACACCCUUGUUUCUAUAAUCUAUUCUGAACUAAUGGUGAUUCUCCUGAGACUUCAGCGUGCAUGUGUGGGUACGAGCAGAGAAGCAGAUUUACAUUUGGAGAGUGGGGACCCAGACACACUGAAAGGCUUAUUCCUGAGGAUUAUCAAAUGUCAAGCAUUUCUCCAGAAUCACUCAAUACUGUCAUAUCCCAAACUAAUGCCAGACUAAUACCAAGCAAGAAGUACACCCCAUUAGAUAUCCUACUAUGAAUGUUUUCUCUUACAGAAUAAUACAAUAAGAGGUACAAUGCAGACUCUUAAUAAUUCACUUUUAUAUUUAGUAGCAAGACUUUGUGUGUGAGUGUGCCAUUGAGCUAUUUGUAUCAAUUUCCAACCUAUCAUCCUGAGAGGGGCCUUGAGAUUUUAUGUGUAUGUGUAUUUAGAUCUGUAUUUUGUGUGUAUUCAGUAAAAAAAAUAGUGAAUAUUCAGAAAAAAUAAGAGAAGAAUGAGGCGAGGGAGAUGGUGGUCAGUAAGGAAGCGCGAGUUCCUCGCGUCCCUGUUUCUGCGAGGUAAGGCGCUGCUGUCUGCAGCCCUGGGGAGUAGCUGAUUGCACUAUUCAGAAACAAGAGCUCAUCACUGUUAAAUCUAGGACCUGUUUUGAGAGACAGGAAAGCUUUAUCUUUUCCUGUACCCACUCCCUUUAGCAUCAGAGCCAUUUGACAUCAUGAAAACCAUUCAAUAAAAACCACUACUGACCUUUGCAUUAAGUAGUCAUUGCCCUCUUCUAAAUACUACCCUGGUUUCCACUCCACUAUUACCCUUUGUUUCCUGCUGAUUGGCUUAACAUUUUACAGAAUAAUACAUAGGUGCAUGUGAAUUGUUUCUCUCCCUUGAGCUGAAACAAACAGAGGCAACAAAAGAGAUGACUCACUGAAGUGUGAGGCAGAGACUGAAUUUCCCACUUUGUGGCACUGGUAACCUUUGUAGAGCUGUGUAGGGUUGAGCUUGGGUUUGUAAUAGGGCUUUUUUUUUUCUUUGCACUAAAUAUGACUGCACUGCAUUGCACUACUGAAAUGUAUUUACUUGUGCUGGGAGAGAGUGUGUGAGGUAUGACAAAGAAAGAAAAAAGUUAUGAAACUAGAAGCAUCACAAAAAUAGAGGGUUAUUUCCAUCAUGCUUGGUGGUAGCAGGUUUGGUGAAAAUCUGUAGAAUGCCAGUCCUUAAUCGGGCUUAGAAACUGCCAUGUGGAUAGGAUCUGUUUUCAUAUCAUAAGGAAGUUGGCUUAGUGUCGUGAGCUUAGGAUGUUUGGCCAAUGUCAUCUCCAACUAAGCUUUCAGUAAGAGUUGCAAUGGUGAAGCCAACCGAGGUGCUGUGAACACCCUUGCUCUGCCCUGCACCGCGGAGGCUGAUGCACAUUUCCGUGCCACAGAGGGCAGUGCCCUCUUUCAAAAAACACACAACCAUUUUCAUGCUAGAGAGAGAUUUCCAGCCGGGGCAUGCUUUUCCAUCCAUGGGUGAAACCUAGAUCAGGCUAACCAAAGAGGGAGGCCAUGGGUGUGAUGACAGUAAGGGAACAGUGCAAUAACCACUGAGAACCAUGAAGUGAAAGGCUUGUUUUGAAACAUGCUAGGCCCACUUUGACACUGGAGGAAGAGUCGGAGGACAAAAACAGAACCUACUUACUAACUUCUCUGUCGUAGACGGUCCUUUAUUAAGCAGAAGACCUUAACAGUGCCUAAAAGUUUAGUUUUGAAGUUAUUGGGGUUUUUCAAUUUUUAAUUGGAUUUUCUUUUAUUACCUUGUUUAAUCUUAGAUGGAAUUAGAGUUUAUGGCUCUGUAGUGUCUAUUAAUAAAAGAAUCUUACACCACAAGCAAUAGUGAAGAUGCUGAAGUCUUCUCAGAUCCAAAGUGACAGCUUUGAAGGUUCUGGUUCAGUGAGAAAGGAUCACAACCCGUCUAAAUGGCUAGUGCUGGAUUUCUCUGAACAUUAUCAUAUAGAGGGAUAUUAUUUGGAAUACUCUGUGUCCUAAGAUUGCCACAUUGACACCUAUCUCUCUCUCCUCCUUAGGAUCCAUCAAGUCUACUAUUCCAAGAUUUAAAAAAAAAUAUUAAGGAAGCUGUCAGCCUUGCUAGCCAGAAAAACUCUAUUUAGAGCUUUCAGAACUAACAUAACCAAACCCUUAAGCACUUAAAGCAUUAUUUCCAUUUUAAAUAAGAAUCUCUAAAUUCAGAAUUCAAACAGACAUUGAUUGCACCAAACCAAAGUGAUAGAAAGAAAUAAUUGACCUUUUAAAAUAUAUCCACAUUGACUGACCUAGGAUACUUCUCUGGAGGCUUUGGGAAAACACCUUCUUCCUUGACACUCACAUACCCACUGCAGUUUUGUCACCAAAGAUUUUAAUCUCUAGAGCCGGACCUCCUCUCUCUAAGACAAAAUACAAGGAGCUCAAGAGAUAUGCCUUGGUGGUCAAGGGAUGACACUGUGGUUUUCAUUCUGUUCACAGUGAUAUUUACAGAAGAUUUGUUCUUAGAGGAGCUGCUGAACUAUCUUUAAGACUUAGGGUUUGGUCAGAGGUUUAAGAAAUAGGAAAAUACUAAACAAUAGUACCUGACACUGUAAACUAGUCUUUAUAUGAGUCAUGACCUGGAGACUGGUGGAGAGAAAGAAACUUCCAUGGAAGAGAAUGAGCUCAAUCAUUUCAGAACCAAGCAAGGGUCAUUGGUAAAAUGUGGGGUCACAUGGACACAGAGCAGAUCAGUUCUCUGUGUGGCCAGAGCCAACAGCGGUGGCAUAAUUCAUAUGGGCAAUGAAUUAGAGUAUUGAAAAAGCCACAGGCUGGGUUUCACCAUGGUAACCAGAGUGGUUGAAAAUGUCCAGGCCCAUGACAAGGGCCGUGCUUAGGCUGAGCUGUUGUGAUAGUGCCUUUCUUGUUGCAGUGAGUACCAUGUCAAUAAUUUGUUCAGUUACACUUCUCUGGAUCAUUGCCCCCUGGUCUUCGGAGGAGGUCUGAAGGGAUAGUGUUCACUUGGAAUGAAGGGAUAGGAUAUUGCUCCUGGAAUGCUGUGAUUUGAUGAUAUUUGCACUAGAUUCUAAACUCUACUUUAAACUGGAGCAAGUGAAUGAGAGAAAAACCAAGGAUGGUUUGAAGUGAAAAGAAACCAAAAGCAGUAUUUUCUGACUGAUGCCAUUUCUUUUUCUUCUUCCUUUUUUUCUGAAAGAAAAACUUCAUACUUGCUGAUUACCGAGCUCAACUCUUACCAGUUCUUUCCCUUCAUAUUCAUUUCCUACACUGGGACCUCGGUGUGCGCUUACCGUCAGGUGGGGAUGGUCACUACAGCUUCGCAUCUCUCCUCGGCCUCCUCAAGGCCCGGGACGGGGGUGCGACCCCCCAGAGCCACCUAGCCCUUCGGAAGGCCAGAAAGCAUAGGUGUCAUAUUGAGAGCUGAGAUGACAAAUGUUUGCUCAGAGGACAUUAGCCUGUAGCUAAUCCUAAAGGAUGCUCAGAAAGAGAAAGAAAACAAUGUGUUGAAGAAAACAAAUGGAGGUGGAGGUGGUGCCCAAAGUUUGCCUAUUGCAACUCUCCUCUUUCCCAUCUCACUGCCAUGUGCCCUCUAUCGGAAUUAUGUCUCAUCCCAUGUAUUUUAUGUUACCAAAAGAAUUAUUUGGUUCCUUGGUUUCUCUCUUUAUCAGUGGGCUGGGAACUCCUCCAAAAUUAAAAACAGACACCAUCAGCCGCUCCCCUGUGGCCUACCAGCUUCUCAGAUGCUGUCCACCUGGUCUUGGCCAGUCAGCUAAGAUAACAUGGAAGCUCUGGCUGGUUCAACCACCUGUCCACUUUAUUUUUGUUUUGUUUCCAUUUCCGUUUGAAUUUUGAGUGGUCCUAUGGAAAGGUGGAAAUCAUGGGAAAGGUUUGGAGGCUGAAAUUCUAGGGCAUAGCUUGUCAGGAGUUUGUAUGAUCCAAAAUAUAUCUUUCUGUAUUUUCAGUUUAAUCGGUUGCCCUGAUUAUAAUUUCUAUUGUAUUUGUGGUUAUUUUUAUAAGGCUAGAGUGCAUUUGCUAUGUCUAUUUGAGUACCUUUUUCUAUUUCCCCCAUAUGGAUGCAGUACCAACCUGUUCAUGAAACACUUUUUUAUUAUAUUAUUAAUAUGUAAUUCUACUGUAGACCAAAAAUAUAAAAACAAAUUUGUCCAUUUUAAAGAUAUAAAGAACUAGUGAGUUAAAGAUUAAGAAUUGAAGGAAAAGACAGAAGAGCAGUGGUUAACUAUGUUGAGUUAGAAAUCUAAGAGUAGCCUUACCUAUUUUUUAACCAGUGCUUGCCAAUCAUACCAUAGUUGAGAUUAUAUAGUCUUGGCUCCUUCAUUCUUAUGUUCUAUAAUUCUUGUUUGUCUGUUUGUUUUUCUUUUAUAUAAUUGAGGUUGCACAUCAUGCUAUUUUUGGAAAUGCCUGAUUUUAUUAUAUUGUACUUUUAUCAGUCAUUUUCUUUAGAAGGAUGGGGGGAAAGUUUUAUUUCUUCUUUUAAUUUAAAAUUUGUUUAAUGCACUGGAAAUAAAAUUGGACACAUUUCACUGUUUAAAAAAUCAGAAACAAAACAAAACAAAAACCACAAAGAAAAAACCAGCAAUCUAAUAAGCAACGGGGAAAAAAGCUAUGAAAAAAAUCAAUUUAUACACACAAUGAAUACACAUACAAAAUGAGAAAUACCACACAAAAGAGAAAUACCAUCAAAUAAGAAAAAUACAUCACCUUCAGCUACAUUGCUGAAAAUAUAAAACAAAAACAGCAUUCCUUUGAGGUUUGAGAUCUUGUCAUUGUUCCAGUUAAUGCCCAACCAGGUUAAAUGUAGGAGAGGCGACUGUGGAAGAAGUCACCCAGCCUUCCUCAUACCACUGGAGCUCUUCAUCACCUUGUAUCCCAUGCCCGAGCUCCAUUUUGAGUAAGAAAGAAAAAAGACAUGAUAUGGUUGAGAAAGUGGCUUGUAUAGAGAUGUGUGUACCAUACAUGUGGAUAGAGCUUAGUCCUCUGCCCAUGUGCUACCUCACGUGAUUCUUUUCUCCGUGAGGAUUUACAGCAGAUAGACCGGCAACAUGGGAGACUGUAAAUGACUCAUAGGACAUCAGCUAUUGCUAAACAACCUCUUGAUUUGGCUUCUUCAGCAGUCCCAGGUGCCAGCAGAGCCGUUAGCCCACACAUGUGCACAGUAGUGGAAAGGCAGAGAUAGUUUUCCUAGCCAACUGGCUGUACCAUUUGUUCAAUGUUUGCUGGGUUUUUCUGGGUUUGUUUUGUUUUAGAGUAGGGGUGGAGUGGAUGUAACUUUACAAUCCUAAUACAGUAAAUUUUUUGCAUCUUCCAUGUUUUAUGCAAAAACAGACAUUUAAAUCAAUAAAUAAUUGUGCCCUAGACUGAAAGUUAAUGUUUAGGAAAGGAAAAAAAAUUGUUGGAAUUUUUUCUACAUUUUUUUGUGAAGAAUCUUUUUUGGAAAGGAAGGAUACAUAUUUUUGUUGUGUAAUAUUUUCUAUUUUUGAAUGCAUUUUAUUGGUACAAGACUGUUUUUUUGGUGAAGACAUUAUUUAAAAAAAAAAAAAAGAAAAAAACUAAUCGAAAAGUUUGCCCUUAAGGAUAUGCUGCAGUUUUGAGGUUAAAAAAAAAAUAACUGAUUCAAGAUGCGUGUUAAAAGUUGGGAUUAUAUUGUUGUUUUUUGUAAUUGUUACAAGAAGAAGUUUGUACCCACUGCUGUUUAUUUUGUUUCAGAUAAGUAAGUAAAGGGAUUGUUCUUGUUUUAUUCUUUUUUUAGAGAAAAAAGCUAUUUAUGAAAUGUCAAAAACACUGGACUGUGAGUUUAAGUGUGGAAGCAUUUACCACCCUGUGUCUUCGACCAAUUAUGGGAACCCUUUUCUCUUCCCCCCGCCUUAGCCUUGCCAAAUGAGAAAAAAAUAUACCACCAGUCAGAUGAUGGAAGCCUCUGGAGCCCUGCUUUAAUUUGUACGGUUUGACUAAGUCAGAAAACCAAAGUUAAAUUUGUUUCUGAAAUCCCACUGUCCAUAGCCCUUUUGUGUGAUGCAGCCAGCUGCCCCUGCCUCUCUGUCUUGGACCAGUGCCUUCUUCAGGAACUGGGGCCAACUCUGAUGCCAAGAGAGGCACCAAGGUGGUGGGCCUGCGAGCUGAGGUCUCAUGAAGUAAAUGUGAAUGGGACUUCAGCCUCUCAGUGGGCAGCCACGCUUUCCCGUCCUGGGGCCGGGCUGCUGAGAGCACGCUGCUUACGGUGCCUGAGGAGAGAGCUUCUAGCCUGUCAGACCCUCUCCUAUUACCAUCGCUCUCCGGAGUGGCUUUGCCUUUCCAGCGCCCACAGUCCCUGGAUGGGGCGGGAGAAGAGUGGUUCUGCUGGAAGAAAGACUGUGGGUGCUGGGAAGGCAGCUGCCCCAGGGAAGACGGUGCGAGGGACCCUCCUGCACAAGGAUCCUGCUCGCUCCUCUUGGGUUCUGUGGGUCCCUCCAUCUGCUCACUGUGAGGCUGGAGAGGCAGAGGGCCCUGAGGCUGUUCAAUAGCUUUUCCAUAUUUUUUCAACAUUGAAAAAAUAAUUUUUAAAAACUGUGAUUUUUUUAAAAAAAAAAAACCAUUUGGCUGGAGGGAAGGGAAAAGGGGAACACCAAAAGCUGUAUCAUAAUUAACUGGAGAUAUGUAACUGGGGGCACUUUCUAGACCAAGACAAAUGAAUUCCGUUCUGGACCUUAAAGCAGCCAAAAUCUUGAGACUGUCAAUGACAGAAAGCCGAAGAGAGGCUUCCUUCCCUCCUUUCUCCUUUCUUCUCUGUCUCAGAACCCUCCUCCUCCUCCUCCUUCCCCAGCUUCCUCUGGACGACUGCCCCGGCAGCCCCCGGACUCCCAUGUCGUGUGUCUGCACUCGCGUUCACACACACACACACACACACACACACACACACACACACACACGAACUUGCAAAAUGCCAUUUUUCUGGGACCGAAUAAAAUCAUGUGCCUUCAUUUUUUCCUUUUAUAGAUAGGUGAAUCUCUUCCUUUUUACAGUGUUUAAAAACAAACGGGAGGUUGAAGUGUUAUUGGAGUAUGCGGGCAUCAUCUGAGAAGUAGUUUUUUUUAGCACAUUCCCCCUAAACAUUGAACGCAAAUAUGUUCGGGAGGCUCUUUGGACAUUGAGAACAUGACAUAACUAGAUACCUGACGGCCCAAACCCUUUUGAUCUCAGAGCAGUUCCUGAAAAUUCUAUUUCAUGGACUUCUUUGAUUUUUAUCAAAAAUGAGGUAAGCAAUGGCAAGCAGCCUUGCUCUCCCGAUCUGGUGCUUUGUGUGUGGCGUGGGGUGGGCGUCGGGGGCGUGGGUGUGUUUAGACAAAGGGUGCAUUCCUACAGAUCUCUGGUGCUGAAGGGCCUCAAGUUCCUUUCAGAGACUGCAUUUGACACAUUUAAGUCACACAAAUGAGUGGUAUCACAUGCAAUAUUUUAAUGGAACCAUGGGAGAGGCUCUUUGAAAUGGGUUUUUGCAUCUUUUGUAACAUUUUGAUUUCUCUGGUGCCUUAUUCCUUCUCAGUGCUGGCACUCACAUACCCACAGGGAACUGACAGGAAGUCAGCCUUGGGAGUGGGGACGCAUGGGCGAUGCUUGAACGUGCGGGCACAUGGGGAGGCUGGUGUCAGUGGGUGGGCAGGGGACUCGAUGGGAUCUCUCAGCUGGAGCCAAGCAGGAACUGCACAAAUCCAUACAAAGUUAAUUCUGACCGUGAACACCCCGCAGACUCAUCCUUCCUCAUCUGAGCUUUCCUUCCUUCCCCCUCUUCUGUCUCUGCCUUCUCCUAAAGGUGCUGCUGCUGCUGCUAAGGUGCCCAGAGUCCAGAAUGCCCAGUAAUCACUCAGGCUCAAGCCUGGCACUGCCACGUCAGCCCCUGGCAUGACCAAACACAAGUUUCUCUUGCUUGGGGCUGAGAACCGUCAGAUUUUUCUCAUCAAAAAUGUUUUCCAAGAAAUCAGUGAAUUACAGUUAUUCUGCAUUGAAAAUGCACUUUAAAAAAAUAAAUGGAAGCUCCAUCCUGUUUAAAAUAGGCAGAGGGAGCAGGGGAAAGAUAAACAUGUGCUAGUGUGGGAACCCAGUUCAGUUUAUCUCCAGUUGAAACAAUAUACACUAUAUGAUGUAUAAAUGUAUACACACUUCCUGUAUCUCCAUGUAUACAGUGUAUAUAUUAUACAUGUAUAGGUGUGUAUGUGUGCACAUGUACACACAUGCACACAACCAAUCCAGAUGCUCAUCACAAAUCCAGAUGCUACACAAACAGCAGCAGAGGAAACAAGGUUGGACUCUUGCAACAGAUCACAAAAAAUAAAAACAGCUCUUUGCAGUGACUGGUCAUUUCUGUAUGUUCACAAGGAAUGGAUUGUAACAGAAAAAAAAGGAACAGUGCUAGUGAAAGAGGAAAAAUGGGCGAGACCAUCUUGAUCCAAUGGGAAUGCAGUAAUGUUCUAUACUAUUUCAUCUGUUAUUUCUUUUAGUCAUAUUGAUUUGAUUUCCGUUUCUGGCUAUUAAAUACAUUUUUAAGCUCAAGUGACCCACAACAAACUGAAUAAAUCAACUACAGUGAAAGCCCUUUUCAAUGGAAGAUGUCAGAAAUCUCAAAACCAUUGGCCUGGCUCAGAACUACCAUGUGCAAAUCAGUACUCUUAAUGUUUGAAAUAAAAACUGAAAAAAGAGAAAAACUUUUUUGAAGCACCUUACUGUGGCCAUCCAUUCGAGGAGUGGGUGCCACUUUUUUCUUUGAGCACCUUAUUGACGUGUUUUGCUAUCUGCUGUCUUUCUGUUACCUGUUGGCUGAAUGGCUAGCUGUUAACACUCACAUGUGCACAGACCGGACGUCUGGGCAGGUGUGUUCUCAAUGAAGUUUACUGUGGUGACUGCUGAAAGGUGAACCCAUUUCCUGAUGUUCCCGCCACAGUGUUGUGAUAAGAUGCGAAGAGACCCUAUUUCCUGCACAGAAAUGUUUCUUAUCACAUUGUAUCGUCAUAUGGAAAGGAAUAUGGUCCCUUUUUUGCAAUUGCUACUGUACACAUGCGCGCGCGCACACACACAUGCAUAAACAUAUCCAUUCAUCCAAGUGGUAUUUUCAAUGUCUGUGUGGGUGUCACUGUUUAUGCAGUUUCUAUUUCCCAGUGAAUUUCGAGGGGAGGGUAACUUUUUUCACCAGAUUGUCUUUUCAGACUGAAGACCUGGGAAUUGGGGAAGAGUUUGGAAAGAGGGAAGGGCAAGGAAAAAGAGAGCUUUAAAUUAAAAGAAUAACUUCCCAAGAGGAACCGGGGCUCAAUGACUGCAGAGACACUAGCCUCCUAUCUUGGCAGGUGGGCAUGGAACACUGCUUGUAUCAAUCUGUGUACCGUAUGAACCCAUGGACACACAAACACACAUCCAUCCAUCCGUAUAUACGUGGUGUGGGAUGAGCAGGUCAAUCGUUUUGAGAGGGAGUUUGUUCCUUUUUUUUUUCUUCAUUAUACUCUUAAAUUGUUGUCAGUUAUCAAACAAACAAAAUUGUUUUUCAAAAACCUUGCAUACGCCUUUUCUAUCAAGUGCUUUAAAAUAUAGACUAAAUACACACAUCCUGCCAGUUUUUUCUUACAGUGACAGUAUCCUUACCUGCCAUUUAAUAUUAGCCUCGUAUUUUUCUCACGUAUAUUUACCUGUGACUUGUAUUUGUUAUUUAAACAGGAAAAAAAACAUUCAAAAAAAGAAAAAUUAACUGUAGCGCUUCAUUAUACUAUUAUAUUAUUAUUGUGACAUUUUGGAAUACUGUGAAGUUUUAUCUCUUGCAUAUACUUUAUACGGAAGUAUUACGCCUUAAAAAUACGAAAAUAAAUUUUACAAGGUUUCUGUUUUGUGUGGAAGAGUAAUUGAUGUUGCUAAGAAUGAUGUUUGUUUUUUGGGGUUUUUGUUGUUUUUUUUAAAUGUUACCAGCACUUUUUUUGUAAGUUUCACUUUCCGAGGUAUUGUACAAGUUCACACUGUUUGUGAAGUUUGAAUAUGAAGGAAUAAUUAAAAAAAAAAAAAACUU